UGCUGUGUUCCAUCGUUUUGCUGACGGAAACGUGUGUAACUUAGAAUCUUUACGACCCAAAAGUUAGAAUAUUGUGUCGGAGAGUCAACUCUAUAUAAGUGAGCAGUUAUGUGUUUACUCUUUGUUAGUGUAUGCGUGUAAUAUACGUUAUUGGAACCAGCUUUUGUCAUUCCCCUUCGUAUAGUUGAACAACAAUAGAGUCCAUCAUGUCGAAAAGGACGAAGUGGGAUACCAAGGGAGAUUUAGACGAAUCAAAGAACCUGCCGAUCUAUCAACACAAGGCCACACUUCAGCAGGCUGUCAAAGACAAUUCAUUCUUGGUUGUCACUGGCGAGACUGGCAGUGGGAAAACGACUCAACUUCCCCAGUACUUGCAUCAAGCAGGAUUUUGGGGUAAUGGCAAGAUUGGCAUCACCCAGCCUCGGAGAGUAGCAGCCAUCACUGUAGCCCAGAGGGUAUCACAGGAGAUGCACUGCAGUCUGGGUAGAGAGGUCGGAUACCAAGUGCGCUUCGAUGACUGCACGACACAGGACACGGUGGUGAAGUACAUGACGGAUGGCUGUCUGCUGAGAGAGAUCCUGGCAGACCCUGUUCUGUCUCAGUACAGUGUGGUCAUUUUGGAUGAAGCCCAUGAGAGGAGCCUUAACACUGACAUUUUGCUGGGUCUGUUGAAGCAGACCCUCUCCAGUCCAGAUAAGGCCUCUAAGGGUCGCUCUGUCCCCCUGAAGGUUGUGGUAAUGUCAGCCACACUGGAGACAGACAAGCUCUCUGUGUUCCUGGGAGGUUGUCCUGUCUUCACCAUCCCUGGAAGAACCUUUCCUGUCACCUCCAAGUUUAGCUGUGCCAUAGGACCAAAAGAUACAGAGAGCUCUGUUUAUGUUAAAGAGGUUGUCAAGGUGGCAUUGGAUGUGCACACCAGUGAGAUGGCUGGGGAUAUCCUUGUGUUUUUAACAGGACAGUCUGAGAUUGAGAAGGCSUGUGACAUGCUGUAUGAGAAGGCUGAAUCCAUAGACUACCGUUACGAUGUGCAGGACCGUAAAGUGGAGGGGCUGCUGAUCCUGCCCCUGUARGGAUCUAUGCCCACUGAUCAGCAGAAGCAGAUCUUCCAGCCUCCCCCUCCGGGUAUAAGGAAAUGUGUGGUGGCCACCAACAUUGCAGCAACGUCCCUCACCAUCAAUGGAAUAAAGUAUAUUGUUGACAGUGGGUUUGUGAAGCAACUCAACCACAACUCACGGGUUGGCAUGGACAUCCUCGAAGUGGUUCCGAUUUCYAAGAGCGAGGCCCUGCAGAGAGCAGGCCGGGCAGGGAGAACCUCCGCCGGGAAGUGCUUCCGGAUCUACAGUCAGGAGUUCUGGGAGAAGUGCAUGCCGGAGUACACAGUUCCAGAGAUCCAGAGGACCAGUCUCACCGCUGUCAUCCUCACACUCAAGUGCCUGGGAGUUCAUGAUGUCAUAAGUUUCCCUUACCUGGACCGUCCAGAGGAAAGGUUCAUCCUAGAAGCAUUGAAACGGCUUUACCAAUGUGACGCCAUCGACAGGAGAGGUAAAGUGACCCGGCUUGGUGAGCUGAUGGUAGAGUUCCCCCUGCCCCCAGGGCUGACCCGGGCCUUGCUCCAGGCUGCCUCCCUGGGCUGUGAGGACCUCCUGCUGCCUGUAGCUGCCAUGCUGUCUGUGGAGAACAUUUUCAUCAGGCCAGGCCAUCCAGAGAAGCAGAAGGAGGCAGAUAAGAAGCACAGGCAGUUGGGAGUGCAGGCGGGCAGCUGUAAUGACUUCACCAUGCUGCUCAGUGUGUUUGAGAAGUGCAAGGCCAGUGAUGCCCCUUCAGCAUGGUGUAAAGACAACUAUAUACACUGGAGGGCGCUAAAGUCAGCCUUCAGCGUGGAGACCCAGCUCAGAGAGAUCCUCCUAAGACUACAAAAGAAGAGAGAUUUCCCUAUGGAGAAGUUUGAUGGCAAUAAGAGUGAGCUGUUCAGGAGAUGUCUAUGCACUGGUUACUUCACCAAUGUGGCAAGAAGGUCAGUUGGGAAGGUGUUUUGCACGAUGGAUGGGCAUGGAUCCAUGGUUCACAUUCAUCCAUCAUCAACGCUCUUUGACCAGGAGGCCCAGCUYGACUGGGUGAUCUUCCAUGAUUUGCUGGUCACCUCGCGGAUCUACAUCCGGACGGUGUGCCCCAUCCGCUAUGACUGGGUGAAGGACCUGCUUCCUAAGCUCCAUGAGGUGGAUGUGUACGAGCUGAGCAGCGUGGCCAGAGAGGAGGUGACGGACGAGGAGGUGGCCAAGUGGGUGACCAAGGAAGCAGCUAAAAGACAAACUGAGGGGUCUGCUGAAGACGUGUUCAAGAAACUGGAGAAACGGAAUGAUGAAAGCUCUGUGAGUGAUGCCCGUGCUCGCUACCUACAGAGAAAACAGGAGCGGCAACAAGGCAAAGCAUCGUGAGAGAGGAGGAGGACAUUGGACACUUAUCCUCAGGGGAAGAAAGACUCAGUUAUUGGACUGACCAGGAUAGAAUAAUCUCCACUCAGGGGUUAAAAGCCUGUCUGUUAUAAUAAACUGCACAGGUGUUGUUCUGAACAAUGUUUUACAACACAGAAAUCGGAGAGUUCAGGGUCAAACAUGGUCCUUUGUAGCUCAGCUGGUAGAGCAUGGUGCUUGUAACACCAGGGUAGUGGGUUUGAUUCCUGGGACCACCC